AUGCAACAUAUCAAUAACAGUUUACUCAUGGUAUAGCAUUUUUCCUAAGUGUUCUAAAUCCUCCUACGCCCACAUGUGCCGAACGACGCAGCUGGCGUCGGGACGGCAAUGUCAGUUUAUUUCUGCGAUCGUGAAAAACGGUAACGAAUUGCUCAGAGUUGGGGUAAUAAAAUCAAAGGACUGAAAUCUAGUUGAAGACUACAAAUUAUCAAAAUGACUUAUCAACCUAAAUUAGUGAACAAACAGUUCAAUUCUCCUAUAGGACUUUACUCCCAACAAAAUAUCCAGGAAGUCCUCGAGAAAGAUUUGCAAGUCUUGACGAAUGGUGGAGUAGGAAUAAAUUUCUACAAUCCAAAUGUAGGCAAACCAGCGAAUCUACACAAUUCAGCUGUCUUAAGAAUGAUAGAAGAAGAAAAAAGACAUCAUAGUGGAUCUAUGAAGAGAGAAGGUGAUAUUGAAAACUAUUAUAAGCCCCAACGAAGGCAACCAAAAUGGCCUCCUCCCGAAAACGAACGAAAACGUAGAUUCAGAUCAGCGUUCAAAGAUGUCGUCAUCUCAGGAACGAAACGAAUUGCUUGGCCUCCAGCAGAAAACGAAGAAGAAGAAGGAGUUCACACACAGGCCAAACUAUCUUCUUCCACUGCUUCGGUAGAUCCUCAACUCUUUGAAGCAAAGACUAACUUCACAAGAGAAAAAGAUCGUCCUGUCUUACAACCUUUGAACAUUUCAUGUGAAAUACUAUCGGGUCAGCAAUCACCAAGAUCACCAAUUUUGAUACAUAGUCCGAAGGCGUACGGACAGAGUACAACGUCAAAAAGGUGGGCUCCUGUGCAUCCUCCUCUUAGUCCUAAAGGCACUCUCAUAUCUGUGCCGAUACAUCCAAGCCCAGUGCAGAACCUUUCACCUAGUGCUCAAGAACUAAGUUCACCUCAGAGAGCACUUACACCGUGUCAUAUACCAAAUAAGGUGAAGGAACCUCCACCAGCAACAAUCACCCUCAGGCCACAAGCUCCAGUUAGUCAAGCUUCCCCUCCAGUUUUCACAUCACAACCAGCCACGGCGACUUUAAAAGGUGGCAAGUGUCUAAGGGGGGACAUGAAAUGGCCCCCGGAGUCCGUAAAAAAACAGGCGGAGGAAGAGAAUAGGUUGAGGGUGGAAUUAGCUAAAGGACCAGUAUGCAGACCCAGAAAAGUACGCAAAGACUACACCGGUUUCUUUGCUCAACAUGCCUUAAAUUCUACCUACCCAGGGUACAAACCUCCACCAGGAACACAAUAUUACGGAGAAUCUGAUUACUAAAUUCAAAUUAAAUCCGAGCUUUUUUAUUGCUUUCUUACAUAUCUCGACUUAUGAUGCUGUGCAGUAUUGAAUGUAGGUCAUAGAGGGGAUUACUUUCAGAAUUUGAAAUGUUAAAGAGGGGCAACUUUUCGGUGACAAAAUACGGAUUAUUUUUAUGUUAGCUUGGCUUUUGUGUUAUGAUUUUUUGUCGUACAGAAAAGUUGAUAACGUUUCAAAAUCAGAAAAAAUCCUCCGUUCUGAAACAUAAAUGUAUUGAGCAAAUAUUACUUUAAUAAUCAGGAGAUAAUGAUAGUUUGGUAGUGAAUAUGGAAAAACAAAUUUUAAUUUUAUUCUUAUGUGUAUUUUAUAUUGAAUUGUAAAUUAUCAGGUUAAAAAUCAGUAGGUAAUUUGAAUUUGAAAAUGAUACGCUUUGUUGGUUCACAAAACGUACAAGUUUUGAAUGGAGUAAUAGUAGUAAUACUAUUUGGUCGAGGUAAUUUGUGUUUCCUUGAAUUAUAUAAUUUUUUCGAGCUAUUGGAGGUUUGGCAAAUGAUAACUAUGAAUAAUUGAUAACGCUGGAAGAAAUAUAUAUUACUUUAUUAAAUGAAA